AUGCCUGGCCCUGGAGCACCAAGGUCCCGACGGUUAGGGCUGUUUUUGCACCUGCCUGUACACGGCCUCCUGUUGCCGCUUCUGGGUUUGCUCGGCACCGUGGCUAACAAGCUUAACGUGCCACAGGUGUUGCUACCCUUCAGCCGGGAGCCGCGCCGGGUGCCCUUCCUGCUGGAGGCGCAGCGGGGCUGCUACACUUGGCACUCCAGCCAUCAUGAUGCAGUAACUGUUGAGCCUUUAUAUGAAAACGGCACCUUAUGUUCCCAAAAAGCUGUGCUUAUUACUGAGUCUACCCAACCUAUACGCCUCAGCAGUGUUAUUCUUGCUCGAGAGAUAGUGACUGACCAUGAACUGCGCUGUGAUGUUAAGGUUGAUGUGAUAAACAGCAUUGAAAUUAUAUCUCGAGCCCGGGAACUCUAUGUAGAGGACUCACCACUGGAACUGAUGGUGAGGGCAUUGGAUGCUGAAGGAAAUACUUUUAGUAGUUUGGCGGGGGUGAUGUUUGAAUGGAGCAUUGCCCAGGAUAACGAAUCAGCAAGAGAAGAACUGUCUAGCAAAAUUAGGAUUCUCAAAUACUCUGAAGCAGAAUAUUCGCCCCCAGCGUAUAUAGCUCAGAUGGAAAAAGAAGAGAAACAAGGAGACAUAAUUUUGGUGUCUGGGAUGAGAACUGGUGCUGCUGUAGUAAAAGUUCGAAUUUAUGAACCAUUCUAUAAGAAUGUGGCAGCAGCAUCGAUCCGUCUGCUUGUUUUGGAGAAUAUAUUUCUUAUACCAUCCCAUGAUAUUUAUCUCUUAGUAGGAGCAUAUAUUAAAUACCGAGUUGCAAAAAUGGUUCAGGGAAGAGUGAUAGAGAUGGAAUUCCCCCUGGAACAUUAUACGCUGGAAUUGCUGCACCAUAGAGUUGCAUAUAAUGAGUCUCUUUCUGGGAAAGUGGCUUUACUGGAUGAGAAAACAGCCACGGUGACUGCCCUCCAUCUGGGCCAAGCUAACCUUAUCUUUGUCCAUAAGAAUGUCCACAUGCGAUCUGUGUCUGGGCUCCCAAACUGCACCAUAUAUGUUGUAGAACCUGGAUUUUUAGGUUUCACAGUCCAACCUGGAGACCGGUGGAGUCUCGAGGUGGGGCAGGUGUACAUCAUUACAGUAGAAGUGUUUGAUCAAAGCAGCACAAAGGUCUAUAUUUCAGAUGAUAAAAAUAUUCGGCUUAUAAAGGUUCCAAUCAUACAUCAGCAAGAAGUGAAGAUUUAUUUUCCCAUCAAGCUUACACCCAGCUUUCUGACUUUUCCUCAUCAUCCUAUGGGAAUGUUAUAUCGCUAUAAAUUACAGGUAGAAGGUGGCAGUGGCAACUUCACCUGGUCCUCUUCUAAUGAGACCGUGGCCAUGAUUUAUGUCCUGAAACUGAGCAAAAUGGAACUGUUACCAUUUCACGCUGAUGUGGAGAUUGGCCAGCUGAUAGAAAUCCCCAUUGCCAUGUACCACAUAAAUAAGGAAACCAGAGAGGCCGUCGCCUUCACAGACUGCUCUCAUUUACCCUUGGAUGUGACCAUGGAUAAGCAAGGAAUCUUUACCCUCCUCAGAGAAGGCAUUCAGAGACCUGGACCAAAGCACUGCUCCAGCACACACAUAGUAGGCCGGUCUCUGGGCCAUAGUCUGGUGACAGUGAGUGUGACUGAAGAUGAAGAGUACUUGGAGAGCAGUGCCACAUUUGCUGCGUACGAGCCCCUAAAGGCUCUAAACCCUGUGGAAGUGGCCUUGGUGACGUGGCAUUCUGUGAAGGAAAUGGUCUUUGAAGGGGGCCCCCAUCCAUGGAUCUUGGAGCCCUCCCAGUUCUUCCUGGAGUUGAGCAUGGAGAAGACAGAGAACAUUGAAAUAACGCAAGUCCGACUGCCCGCCAAGAGAAAACAGAACCAGUACACCUAUCGGGUUCUGUGCCUGGAUUUGGGGGAACAAGUUCUGACAUUCCAAAUUGGAAACCACCCUAGUGUCCUGAACCCUAGUCCAGCUGUAGAGGUUGUGCAGGUACGCUUCAUAUGUGCCCACCCUACCAGCAUGUCGGUAACCCCAGUGUACAAGGUGCCAGCUGGUGUCCAGCCAUGCCCUCUGCCACAGCACAGCAAACAACUGAUCCCUGUAUCAAGCCUAAGGGACACAGUCCUGGAACUGGCAGUGUUUGAUGAACACAGGAGGAAGUUCGAUAAUUUCAGUACACUAAUGCUAGAAUGGAAAUCGUCAAAUGAAACACUAGCUCAUUUCGAUAAUUAUAAUUCAGUGGAGAUGGUGGCAAAGGAUGAUGGCAGUGGGCAGACGCGGUUACACGGUCAUCAGCUCCUCAGAGCACAUCAGAUAAAAGGAACGGUACACAUCGGAGUCAGUUUUGUGGGCUAUCCAGAGCAGAAGAGUCCAGAGGAACGCUCCAGCCUGCCCAGAUCUGCAUCCGUGGAGCUGCUCCUGGUGGAGGACGUGACCGUGAUGCCUGAGAAUGCCACUAUCUACAACCAUCCUGAUGUGAAGGAAAUAUUUAGCCUUGUGGAAGGAUCUGGUUAUUUUUCAGUCAACAGCAGUGAGCAGGAUGUUGUCACCAUCACUUACAUGGAAGCAGAAAGCUCUGUCCAGUUAGUUCCAGUCCAUCCUGGAUUUCUCACUUUGGAGGUCUAUGAUCUGUGCUUGGCUUUCUUGGGUCCAGCAGUGGCCCACCUCACGGUGUCAAACAUACAGGAGCUGGAGCUUGAUCUGAUCGAUAAGGUUGAAAUCGGUAAAACUGGGUUAGUAACUCUGAGGGUUCUCGGCUCUUCCAAACGCCCAUUCCAAAAUAAAUACUUCAGAAACAUGGAGCUCACGCUACAGCUGGCUUCUGCCAUUGUCACCCUGACGGAAGGGGCCGCCUUUGUGAGCUCCCGUGUUCUCAGGUGUUUCCCUAAUUCAUCUGUCAUUGAGGAGGACGGCCAAGGGCUCCUGAAAGCUGGUUCCAUUGCAGGUACUGCUGUGUUGGAAGUCACUUCCAUAGAACCUUUUGGUGUCAACCAGACAACCAUAACUGGGGUUCAGCACUUCCAUUUCUUCUGCAUUUGCGUUGAUGGGGGAUAUGCCUGUGGGAAGUGGGGGCAGAUGAAGACGUCACGUUGUUUGGACAAAAUGUUGGGAACAGAGGUGUGUCCUCUCCCCGUGCUUUGGGCCUUCACGGGUGUGUUCCAAUUCCAGGUAACGUCUGAAGGUGGCCCCCAGCCCCAGUCCAUCAUCCACUUCUCCAUCAGUAAUCAGACCGUGGCCGCUGUCAACAGCAGGGGGCAAGUCACAGGGCAGGUGGUUGGCACAGCUGUGCUCCGUGGCACCAUCCAGACAGUGAACGAAGACACUGGCAGAGUCAUCGUGUUUUCCCAGGACGAAGUCCAAAUUGAAGUCGUUCGGCUAAAAGCGGUUAGGAUCCUGGCAGCUGCCACUCGACUCAUCACCGCCACCCAGAUGCCAGUUUACGUCAUGGGGGUGACCAGCACCCAGACCCCUUUCUCCUUCAGCAACGCCAGCCCUGGGCUCACAUUCCACUGGUCCAUGAGCAAACGGGAUGUGUUGGAUCUCAUGCCCAGGCAUUCAGAGGUGUUUCUGCAGCUCCCAGCAGAGAAUAACUUUGCCAUGGUUGUCCACACCAAAGCAGCUGGUCGGACCAGUAUCAAAGUCACCGUCCGCUGCCUCAACACUUCCUCUGGGCAGUUUGAGGGGAAUUUGUUGGAACUGUCUGAUGAAGUGCAGAUCCUGGUAAGGUCCCAAGUUAACUUAUGUCAAAAGGUUGUAGCCAAGUGCUUUCUCUUGUCUUUUCCAGGUGAACCGGGGACAUGGAUGAUUUCCACUGACAGUAUUCUACAAACAGACAUUGUCACUGGUGUAGGAGUGGCCAGGAGUCCAGGAAUAGCAACAAUCUUUCACAACAUCCCAGGAGUGGUGAGAACAUAUCGAGAGGUAAACCUAACAUUACCAGGGCUAGUGGUCAACUUCACUUCCCUCCAGCAGAUGACAUCUCCUGUUUUCAUCAACAUUUCCUGUGUGCUCACCAGUCAACGUGAGGCUGUGCUAGUAAGCGCUAUGAAGAAGUCUGAUGCAGGAUCCUGCACCCCAAGUCAGGCCCUGGCCAUCACCACAGUCCUUCUUCCGGAGACCCUUAUGCUGUGCCAUGUGCAGUUCAGUAAUAAAUUGCUGGACAUUCCAGCAAGUCAAGUCUUCCAUGUCCAUUCAGAUUUCAGCAUGCAGAAAGACCAGUGUGAAGAUUCAAGGGUACUCCAGAAGUUCGGGGAUUCUUCUUACCAGCUCCUCCUCUACACCCUCUUUGCAGUGCUGGCAUCAACAGCUUUCAUCUUUCUAGCAUACAACGCCUUCCUAAACAAGAUACAGACAGUUCCAGUUGUUUACGUACCAACUCUGAGAACACCACAGGCAGGUUCUUACUCCUCCAUAUGUUCUCCCCCUCCCUUCCUGAGUCCACAACCCCCACCAGCCCAGAGCCGGCUACAACACUGGCUGUGGAGUAUGAGGCACUGACCUCCACUUGGACAAGUCCCCUUAACGGUAGGAGCCUGGAGAUUUCUAGCCCUAGACAAUAAGCAUCCAAACAACGCUCCUGAGAACCGGAAAUAAAGCCCCCUAAACUGUUUCGUAUUAAAGUGGUGUGCUACAUUGUGUUUCAAA